AAAGGUCAAGUCCGUCUGGGAAGUUAUGGAGGGGGCGUAAGUAAAAAAAAAAAAAAAGAUCCUCUCGCUCUUUAUAUAAGGGGCCAAGUUGCGUGGCGUGACAAAGAGAACUCGUCAAACAACCACAACAUGGAGCGUCUCCUCCUGCUUCUCGUUUUGGGCCUCACAGGAGCGUCCUUGCUGGAGGACAACAAGCUGUGCCCGCCUCACUCCAGACCCUGGCAGGUGUCCCUCCAAAGCCGAAGGACGAGAUGCAGCGGCGCCCUCGUAGACAAAUGGUGGCUGGUGACGUCCGCCGCCUGCGCGCCCAUAGGGACCGCUAUCAACGCAUCGUUGGGGGAACACGACGUGACGGCGGAGGAGGGCACCGAGCAGCACAUUCCUGUGGCGGAAGUCAUCCGCCACAGCCCGUACCGGUCGCCCCUCCACAGCCUGGCCAUGGUGCGCCUCGCCCAGCCGGCCCGCCUGACCCAACAAGUGCAGCCCAUCGGCCUGCCGGGCCGCUGCCCUCGGCCUGGAGAGAGCUGCAGCGUCAGCGGCUGGGGCUCCACCGUCCCCAACCAAUACGAGGAUCCGAAGCGACUGAAGUGUUUGACGGUGGCUGUUGUGGAAGAUCAAAGUUGCAUCAACACUUUCCCCGACUUCAUCUUCUGGAGCUUGGGGAUGGUGUGCGCUGGCGGAGCCGACGCCACCGGCUGCUUGUAUGACAAAGGCGCAGUGCUGGUGUGCGACGGACAGCUGCAGGGCGUGCAGUGGUUCAGUCACGGCUGUCAGAACGCCGAGCACCCCAGCGUCUACACCAAGCUGUGCAAGUACAACGAGUGGAUGCGCAGAGUGAUGGACAGCCACACGCCGACGACCACCACCGCACGGGCCACGACCUUCAAGAGGCCUUGAGGGGGCAAUGGGGGGUAGUCACAAAAUGCAGGGAAAACACAAAACUUACUUCUCGGUCACUUCAGCAGCUGCCUUGUGGCUCAUGUGAGCAAUCAAUCAUUCAUGAACAAUUUUAAGACCCAGACUAUACCUGAAGCUGUAAUUCUUGAUCUUGAGAAACAAGUAGGGCUUCCAAUUCACACCAGCAGAUGGCGGCAGCGCACUUCAUAACAUCUGGACACUAAUUCGAGUUAAGUUUCCUUGCUAGGUGAGUUAUUCAGCGAUUCGAUUAUUUUAUUUUUUAUUUUUUGGGGGGGGAAGAAUUUUUUUUGUCAUUUGCAAAUGAUGAGUUGGUCUCCGUUUCAAGAGUCGCCUUGUGGCUCAUGUGAACAAUACCUUUUCGAUUGACUAAAUCCAGGAGCCCCCCCCCCCCCCCCCCCCCCAAGUCUGCAAAAAUAAAUGAAAAAACAAAUAAAAACAUAACCAACCGACUAUUUACAGAUACACUAAUUCACAGUUUGGAGUCAAAUAAAUACGCUUUUUUGGAGGGGGGGUGGGGGGGGGGCAAGAAGGCUAGGUGAUUAGACCCCUUCUAUAUUCAUCUCGACACCGUCCCUCAGUUUAUUGUGCCAUGAACGACUAGCCUUCCUUAAUGUCUUCCAAUUUUAAUCCUGCAGUCUCGCAUCUGGUUUUGUUUGAAAUAAACCAUAAUACACAUGUG